CAAUUUGAUCCCGGAACGCCACUUUUUCUGCUCAUUUGACUGUUUUGAACUCUGCUUGUGGAGAUCCGUGUCUUGCUUUGUGUCUGACAGUGAGUCGCCCGUGUCUGCGCGCAGUCUCCGCAGCGCCGCCGUCGCAGCAGAAGAACCAAAAGAUGCCUGACACAAUUAUGUCCAAGGAGCCCUCUUCCAACCUGGAAAGCGCCAUGCAGAUGCUGAUCAAAACCUUCCACAAGUACUCAGGCAAGGAGGGCGACAAGUACACGCUGAGCCGGGGCGAGCUCAAGGAACUGUUGCUGGAAGAGCUGGGAAGCUACUUGGGGAACUCCAAAGACAACCAGGCGGUGGAGAAGAUCAUGAGCGACCUGGACGCCAACAACGACGGAGAGGUGGACUUCACCGAGUUCAUCAUCCUGAUGGGCGCCCUCACCGUCGCCUGCAACGACUUCUUCCUGGAGUUCAAGACGGACGACGGGGCCGAGUAGGAAGAAAGAAGAGAGAAGGGGUGGAAGGGAGGAAUCGGGAUUUGGGAAUGCGGGCUCGGGGGAAGGCUUGUAAAGCACAGGCACAGACCAGGGACAUUUCUGCGCGGCCUUGCGCAACGUUGAAACCACACGCGUACAGCGCCUUGCCCAGAGUCUCCACUCCAAUCAAACGAGUCUCCUCCUUCACCGGCUCUGCUACCAUUCGUGCAAACAUGUUGGCGUUAGCUUAGCCUGUCGCCACAGCGGCGGCAUGCCCGCCUUUGGCCCUUUCCAUCCGUUCACCAUCACAAUGUUAGCUCGCGCCGCCGUCUCCGCUUGAUUGCACUUUGCCCGCAGUCUCUUUUUGAGUUCAAAAGUCCUUGGGAUUCCUCCGCUGUCGUUUGCCCGUGGCGGCGACGGAUGCGUGCCGUGGUUCUGUCCCCUUCCUUGAUGUUUUUUGUCGCUCAUUCCCACUGAAGGCUCAAAGAAAAUGACACGCUACCUGAGAGUUUCAAGCUCCUCAAAGCACAAAAAGGCAGGCUUUUUCAAGGCUUUUUCAAGGCUUUUUCAAGGCUUCUCCAGCUCAACAGACCAAAGGGCACCAGAAUGGCAACAUCAUAUUGAAUCGUGGCUCUUUGGAUUAUUAUGUUGAGCACUGGAAUGUUUUUCUCUCUUUUUUCGGAGCGACUCAGGCGUUCUUUCCAAUUAUUAAAUGUGAUAUUUAA